AGUUCGGUUUACGGAGCGGUAAAAUAACGGCAGAACGGAUUUUCUGUGGGACAAACGCACCGGCGUCGCUGCUCAAGCGAUGCCUCACUCUCGGCGGUACCCGUCAUCGGAGCGGACCCGCAGCCGGAGCAGGAGCCGUCACAUGCGGUAUGAGCGGCACCGUCGCAGACGACGCAGCCGAACACGCAGUCGCAGCCGUUCUAUAUCAUCCCGGAGCAGGAGACGCCAUCGGGAGAGACGCCACAGAGACAGCAGCUCCAGGAGAUCCAGCUACCAGCAGCCAUCCGGCGAGCGCAGGAGGAGCAGCAGACGCUACUGUCGGGACGAGCGGGAGGAGUUUGACCGAGACUACACCUUCACAGACGGAUAUUUCAGACACACACGCUCUCGAGAUCACCGUACAGAGAGAGACAGCGGACGCAGACGGAGACGCCGCAGAACCAGGACCAGAACUCGAUCCAGAACACGCUCAUACAGCCAGAGCCGGUCCAUAUCAUCAAAAGCGUGGGCGGUUAAAGACGAUGAGGAGGGUCAUCUGAUCUAUCGGGCCGGUGAUGUGCUGCAGGACAGAUACGAGAUCACACAGACGCUCGGAGAGGGAACCUUCGGGAAAGUGGUGGAGUGUGUGGAUCAUCAGAGGGGAGGCUCUCGCAUCGCUCUAAAGAUCAUUAAGAAUGUGGAGAAAUAUAAAGAAGCAGCCCGACUGGAGAUCAACGUGCUGGAGAAGAUCAACCAGAGAGAUCCAGAAAACAAGAAUCUGUGUGUGCAGAUGUUGGACUGGUUCGAUUAUCACGGCCACAUGUGUCUGAGUUUCGAGCUGCUGGGUCUCAGUACCUUCGACUUCAUGAAGGAGAAUAAUUACCUGCCGUACUCCAUCAGUCAGGUCAGACACAUGGCCUACCAGAUCUGCCUCGCUGUCAAGUUUCUCCAUGACAACAAGCUGACCCACACUGACCUGAAGCCGGAGAACAUCCUGUUUGUGAGCUCAGACUAUAGUGUGCUGUACAACGCAGAGAAGAAGCGUGACGAGCGCUCCGUGAACAGCACUGCAGUGAGGAUUGUGGAUUUCGGCAGCGCCACCUUUGACCACGAGCAUCACAGCAGCAUCGUCUCCACACGACACUACAGAGCGCCAGAGGUCAUUCUGGAGCUGGGCUGGAGUCAGCCGUGUGACGUCUGGAGUAUCGGCUGUAUACUGUUUGAGUUCUACUGCGGAUACACACUCUACCAGACUCAUGACAACAGAGAGCAUCUGGCCAUGAUGGAGCGAAUACAUGGACCUGUUCCUUCCAGAAUGAUACGUAAAACGAGGAAGCAGAAGUACUUCUACAGAGGUCGUCUGGACUGGGAUGAGAGCACGUCAGCGGGCCGAUACGUCAGAGAGAACUGCAGGCCGCUGAGGAGGUAUAUGCUGUGUGAGUCGGAGGAUCAUCAUCAGUUCUUUGAUUUGCUGGAGGGCUUGUUGGAGUACGAGCCGGAGCAGCGUUUGUCUCUCUCCGCUGCGCUCCGGCAUCCCUUCUUCAGUCUCCUCCGAGACACCGAACACUUCAGUGGAGGCCGUGACAUUAGCCGGUGACCUCUGACCUCUGCUGCGGUCACUCAUGGACAGGUGGGUCAGCCAGUAUUGACCUCAGUUAUGAUGAAGAGAAUAUUGAUGAUCGCUCGCUGCUGAUUGGUGGAGAACUAACAGCUCCUCACACCGGAUUGGUCAGCCUGAGUUUGACGGACAGCUUCAGGGGCGGGACGCCUUACGGUUCUCUCGGGAUCAUCAUGGACUAAAAUAGGAUUAUAUUAUUGCACAUGUGACGGUUCUCCAACGUUUUCAGUAUUUAUUUUAUGACUUCUGUUGUUUUGUAUGAGAUGAAUAUCAGUGUGUGUACAGUACAUGUUCUAGAAUAAACCAUGCUUCAUAUGA